AUUUAGCUGGGCUGGUCCGAAACUGAGAAUCAGGCCCAGAAGUUUUUAAAAAAAGGAGUAUCAGGCCCAGUCAGGCCCUCCAUAUAGGACGCAUGCCGAUCCAUUCUCUCCGUGGAUAACGUACUCUGCUCCGGCCAUGGCUUCCUCCGCCUCCCUCCGUGGCGCCAGCCUCCAGAGCCCGCUCCUCGCGCCUCGCCUCGCCGUCCGCCGCGCGCCCACGGCGAGGCGCCGCGCCGUCCCGGCAAAGAUAUCCUGCAUCGGAUGGGACCCGGAGGGCGUCCUGGGCGCGCCGCAGGGCGGGCACAUCGCGCGCCUCGAGUUCCGCCGCCGCCUCGAGAGGGACUCCGAGGCGCGCGAGGCGUUCGAGCGCCAGGUUCGCGAGGAGAAGGAGCGCCGCCGCAGCGAGCGCGAGGCGCGGGUGAUCCCGGACACGGACGCCGGCCUGGUGGAGUUCUUCCUCGAUACCGAGGCGCGCGAGAUCGAGGUCGAGAUAGGCCGGCUGCGGCCAAGGCUGAACGAGGCCUUCUUCAGCCAUGUCUCGCGGGAGAUAGCACAGAUCAAAUUCGCGGUCACCAGAACGGCGGAGAUGGAAGACAGAUUGAUUGAGUUGGAAGCAAUGCAGAAGGUUCUUCUUGAGGGAGUUGAGGCCUACGACAAGUUGCAGAAUGACCUUGUGACAGCGAAGGAGCGGCUAAUGAAGAUUCUGCAAUCCAGUGACAGAAAAGCGACAUUGCUUGAAAUGGUUGAGCGGAACGAGCUGAACAUUUCCAUACUAACACUUCUUGAUGAGAAUAUAGCAAGUGCAAAGACAAGUAAUCAGGAUGAUGCUGUCGCUUUCAUGGAAGACGUGAGAUCAGCGGUCGUGAAAUAUAUAACAGUAUAAAUCUUGUAUGUAUAUGUCAACGGUGCAUUACUUCCAGCAUUUACUGAUCUUUGCAGUACAAUUUUGGAAAAAUGCCAUGAGCUUGUAAUUUACAAGGACGUCUGGUGGAUGUGGAAGCUUGGGUUAUUGUUGGUUGUUGCCUGUAUGUAGUUGAUCUUUCAUAUUUGUUCAGAUCAUCAGUAUCAUUAGCGUUACUGGUAAAGAGAAAUUGUGAGACCUUAUACCUGUACUACUAAGAAAUAUGCAAAGUUUGAACUCUUUUUUUUUGUUAAGUUUA